UGACUGUUUUCAUUUCUAUUCUGUGCUUGUUUACAGAGCAGAAAUUGAUGAUUUGCUUGUGGAACCUAACUGGGGAUAAUGCAGGGGUUAAAAUUUCCAGACAGAAGUAAAACCGACUUGUAUAAGGAAAUGGACAAAGCAGACAGAUCACAGCUUUUGGAGAAAAGCAGCGAAAGUGCUCGUGGACCAUUUAUUAAAAUCAAGUGUCACACUUUCAUAGUUGCUGGUUUGUUUGCAUGUACAUUUUUUGUCAUCAUCUGGGUGUAUGCUUCUCAGGAAAAUGAAAAUUCAAGAAAACCGGAUUUCUAUGACCUUGUAGUAGAAAAGUGGCCUUCUUAUGAGUCUGGAGAAGAGAAAGAAACUUUGAAUGAAGUUGAAGAAGAUACCCAAUUUCUGCAUAAAGAUCUAAAACAAAGUGUAUAUAAUCAAAUACCUGUAAAACAACCAGAGCAUAGUCCUGUAAUUGUGAAACAGCCUGCUUCUAAUCCUACAAGUGUGAAACGACCUUUGCUUAAUCCUGCAGCAUUGAAAAUACCUACAUAUAAACAUGUCGCUGUGGGGCAGCCUGACUAUGAGCCUAAAGACACUGAAUACAAGGAUCCACCUCAUAAUGCUUCUGCCAAAGAAGAACUACAGUGUACGUCUGCAGCAAAAAAUGGGAACGGUUAUCAGUUUGUUUUUUUUCUGCAAACUGCUUACUCUUCUCCUCUGCCUGUGUUGGCGGCCUGUGCCAUUGAGUCUGCUGCACGGGUUUACAAAAGUAAAACAAUUCGGUUUUACAUAAAAGCGUUAAAUGAGGACAGUCUGAAAAAACCUACAGAUCUAGUGCUGCAGUUUUUGAAGUCUUUGGAAAGGGUUGAAGUCUGCCCUUUGGAUCCUGAUUUACUGCUUAAAAAUACUCCCCUUCAGCGAUGGUAUACAAAUGCAGACCCUGCACAGGAAACAUUCUGGACUCAUGUCCAGUCUGAUGCUUUCAGAUACGCUGUACUUUGGCAAUUUGGAGGGCUUUAUCUAGACACUGAUGUUAUAACAUUUAAGCCUGUACCUGAUGGGAACUUCCUGGGAUACCAGUCAUCUGAGUUGAUCAAUGGUGCCGUUUUAAGCUCAAAAGACCACAGUGCGUUCAUGCAGUCUUGCAUGGAAGAUUUUGUUGAUAAUUACCAAGGAGCCGUAUGGGGUCAGCAGGGCCCCCAGCUGCUGACACGUGUACUCCACAAAUUAUGCAAUUUGUCUGUAUUAGAGCCUGAAAAGGAUUUUUAUUGUGAAUCUCAGGAUGUCACUGUCUGUAAGCAAGCAAGUUUUUACAGUAUUCCCUACCAGAACUGGAAGGCAUUUUACAGUCCUUCUAGAGACAUGUCUGUCUUCAGAGAUUCCUAUGCAGCGCAUGUCUGGAAUCAGAUGAACCAGUGGAGUGAAAAUGAAAAGUUGACAAUGAGAAAAGGGGAUGACACUUUGUUAACAAACAUGUUUAGGAAGUAUUGUCCACAUACAUAUGAUAAUUUUGUGUAACUUGCUCAGGAAAUUAAGAAAGGGAUUUUGCAUGUGAAUGUGCAGGAGACAAACAAAAGACAUCAUUCUGUAUUUAGAAAUGGAGAUUUUUUAUAAAAACACAAAUCCAGACCCUUCCUCAGAUGUAGAAACAGCUGUACCAUUCUGCAUCAUUGUACAAGACUUAGGUCAGUUAAAAGGCAUAUCAUUCAACACCAUAAUCAUUUGACAGUUUAGUUGCUUUUCUUAAGCACUGGCAUGUGUUGAACCUGGCAUCCCCUCUGUCUACACUUUCGUCAGUUAAUUGUUCUAGAUUAUUGUCAUCCCCUGUACUGUUUCUCAGUACUUGAAAACUAAAAUCAUGCUUCCUUCA